AUGGGUGAUUUUACGAUGAACAAUCAAGAAUUUUAUUGGGGGCAGCAGGGUGAUCAGGCUGACCCCAACCAGGGCUACUACAACCAGGAUUACAACCAAUUUCAAAAUCAGGAACUUGAAUUUAAUGCAACAGGAAACUUUGAUACAACCGCCUACGCGAAUUUUCCACCUCAAAUCUACACUCCAGAGUUUGGAGCUGAAGCGAAAGGUGCCAAUGAGUUUGAUGAACCACCGUUGUUAGAAGAAUUAGAAAUAUACCCGGAUCGUAUAUUAGAAAAAGUAUUAGCAGUGCUUAACCCCUUAAGGGCACACAGUUUAGCAGAUGAUGCAGAAUAUUUAACAAAAGAUGCUGAUUUAGCAGGACCAAUAUCUUUUUGUCUACUAUUAGCUGUUUGCCUAUUUAUGUCAGAAAACAAAGCCCAAUUUGGCUACAUUUACGGUAUUUCAAUGACUUCAUGUGUACUAAUGUACUUUUUACUCACAUUAAUGACACCAACAAGUGGAACUUUUACGUUAAGCACUGUAGCCAGCAUUUUGGGUUAUUGUUUGAUCCCAGUCGUAGGGUUAUCAUUUCUGGGGUUAUUUUUUAGGCUAAGUGGCAUGUUAGGUAUUAUUCUGGCUGCGGUUAUAGUUUUAUGGUCUAGUUUUUCAGCUUCCAGGUUGUUUAUUGCUGUUUCAGGAGACAAACAGCAGCAACCUCUUAUUGCCUAUCCUUGUGCAUUAGUUUAUGGUGUAUAUAUUUUAUUAGUGUUGUUUUGA